AUGGCUGAGUUAUUUCUUGAUUCCGCGAUUAGAUUCUGGGUGUUUUUCCCCAUUGUUAUCAUCACUUUCCUAUUUGGUGUUAUCCGGCAUUUUCUUACUGUUACUCUAGCUUCAGAAAAGAAGCAUGAAUUGCAAUUCGUGUUAAUUACUGUAGUCAUAGAACGGAAACUAUAUCACACGCAAUAUCCAUCAAUGCUUACUGAUAUGAUGAAGGGUAACAUGUUAAACGUUGUACCUAUGUUGGUAAUCGGAGGAUGGAUAAACUGGGCAUUCUCCGGGUUUCUGACGACGAAAGUUCCUUUCCCGCUUACCUAUCGAUUUAAACCAAUGCUACAACGCGGUUGCGAAACUCUUGUAUCUUUAGAUGCUUCAUGGGUCAGCUCUGCGUCUUGGUACUUUUUGAACAUUUUUGGACUUCGAAGUUUGCAUGAACUUGUGCUUGGGUCCGAUAAUGCUGCUAGCCAGGCCGUCUUAAUGCAGGAUCAUACUUUGACACCGCCCCAGCAGCCACAAGAUAUGCAGAAGGCGUUCAAAGCCGAGUGGGAAGCUGUAGAAGUUGUGCACCACAAAUGGGCUCUGCAUGGGUGUGAGACUCGUCUUUCAUGA